CCUUGCAAUUUUUAGGAGGAAGACUCAGAAAGAGAGUUAAAAAGGCGGGAACCCCCGUAGUGUGACAAACACACCAACACAGAGAAGGAUGUACGGCGGGAAUAGCCAAUUCGACGGCAACGCGGCGUUUGCCGGCGGCGGUUUCAUGCCAUCGCAGGCCACUCAAACCGCCGGCGAUCAUUCUUUCUCUCCAGCCAAGAAUCGUGAUUCACAGACUUUGCUUCCACUAAGUGUCAAGCAAAUUAGUGAAGCCUUUCAAUCUAGUGAUGAUAAGACAAACUUUCUCAUUGAUGGGGUUGACGUGAAUAAUGUGAAAGUGGUGGGUAUUUUAUUCAACAAAGCGGAAAGGGUUACAGAAGUUUCAUUUGUAGUGGAUGAUGGAACAGGGCGCAUUGACUGUUCUCGAUGGGUAAAUGAAGCUGUUGAUGCCAAGGAAAUGGAAGCAGUCACAGAUGGCAUGUACGUUCGGGUUCAUGGACACUUGAAAGGAUUACUGGGUAAAAGGCAGUUGGUAGCUUACUCUGUCAGGUAUUACUGUACGAAUGGGUUUUUGAAUUGCUCAUUUCUGUUUCUUUCAGUAUAUUAAUAUUGGGGAGUUUAU